AUGUACUCGUACCCUACACCUUUACCCGAAUUCACUGCCCAAUCUCAAUCUCAGGAUGGCCUGCAUAAUAGACCAGUGGCCAAUUAUCCCUGGGCAGUGCAAGGAGGUCUCGGCGCUAUCAACACCAAUGUCCGUCCACAAUAUGGGUACUCGGAGUCGCCUUUACCUAUGAGUUCCUCAACCAAUGGUUACCCAAGCUACGACAUGGCUCUUCUCAGCCAACCCACUUUCAGUGCUCAUCCAAGCUUCUCGUCAGCUGGUGAAUGGCCAUACCCCAGGCCUCAGCACGGCUCCUCGUCGCAAACCUUCGUCCCUGCGACUAAGACUGAGGCCAACAAAGUUCUGAUCAGAAGACUUGGGUGGCUAUGGUUGCUACUCAAGGCCAGAUCGAAACUUCGAAGCUUGGGUCGAAGACAUCAACGUCGACAUAGUGCUUCUGAUUACACAUCACGGACAGCUGGCCACAACAAUGGCCACUAUUUGGGCUCGUCACUGAGUGUGUCCUUUGCAGAUGAUGCAGCGUUGGGCAACCUAGUCACUGGCGACGAGGCCGAUCUUUUCCAUACUAUUGACCCCACAAACCCUGUGUGGUUUGAUAAUGCUCUGGGAAUAAUCACAGGUGAUGGAAAUUCACUGUUCCCAGUGCCAGCGGAUGUGCCACGACAAGCCACAGUUCUCUUUGAAGAGGAUGUCCCGGAAUUGGAGCCGGGACAAAAACCCACUGAGUGUCAGGAUGAGACAGUUCCACUAGUGAACUUGGUGAACCAGCCUCAACAAGGGAUCGUCGUACCUGGCCAGUCAAAGAAGCGAGCCUUUGACUGUGUCGAGCUCGAUGAUUCAUCAACAGACGAAGCUGACGGGAAGUCUGUGGAUAAGAAACGAUCCAAGACGACUUCGACGGCGCCACGAUUUGCGUGCCCCUUUUACAAGCAUGACCCAGAACGCUAUGAAAACUCAAGAAGUUGCUGCGGGCCAGGGUGGGAGUCGGUCCAUCGAGUCAAGGAACACAUCUUCCGAAGCCAUACACUCCCAGAACACGAGUGUCAGCGCUGUUUCCAGUGUUUCAAGACAGAGCGGAUGCUCUCUAAACAUUUAAGAGCGUCUGCGCCUUGCGAAGUUCAAAGCCGCAACACUCAGGAGCAGGAAGGCAUCAACGCAAGCCAGUCCAAGGCACUGCAUGCAAGAGCAAGAAAAUGCAACCCAGGGGCGGAUCUCAAAGAGGUCGAGGAAGAGAGAUGGAAUGAUGUCUACAAGAUCAUCUUUCCUGGAGGGGGCCAGGUGCCUACACCGUACUACGAUCGCUUACAGAAGAGCAACAAUGAUGACUUUGACACGAACCUCAUGUCUGAUUUUGAGCAGCGCAUGCGAGGCAAAGUCGGCGAGAUGAAGAACUUGCAACCUACACUGGUACCUCUGGUGGUCCAGGUAGCUUGCAAUGCACUCAUGGAGAGUAUGCAGUCCUGUCGCCAGAGGCCACAAGACGGUAGCAGUCAAGGCUCAAGUUCCCUUGUGUCCCAGGCACAAGAAUUCCAGUCAUUUCUUGAUGGAGGGCUGCAAAUGACGGGCAUUAACGAGAACCUUUUGCGGUGCCUAGAUAACCAGUUCUUCGUGCAGGCGUUACGGGAUUCUGGGUUGUAA